AUGGAGAGUAAUGGUACUGCACAUGUGAAAGCCCUGGUAUUAGAUGCUACGCCAUUAAUUACACAACCGUACAACCACUACCAAAACUAUGCCGCUUCGUUCUAUACCACACCGACAGUUCUUCAGGAAAUUAAAGAUGAGAGGGCCCGAAAGAACCUUGAAAUCUGGAAAUCGCUAGGUACAUUGCAAUUGAGACAUCCAACAGCUGAAUCUAUCAAAAGAGUAAGCGCAUUUGCCAAAGCCACAGGUGAUUACUCUGUUCUUAGCGCAAACGAUAUCCAUAUACUGGCUUUAACAUAUGAGCUAGAGACUGAAUUGAACCAGGGUGAUUGGAGACUCAGGAAGCUUCCUGGAGACUCACUAGAUCAUCUGAAGCCAAAAAUCCAAGCCAAGGAUAAGAUUGAAGAAAAGAUUCAAGAAAAGACUGAAGAACCUAAAAAAAAAAAGAAUCGUAGGAGAGGCGGUGCAAAGCAAAGAGCUAAGAGAGAAUCUGCACUAGCAUCUGAAUCAGCUGAGACCACUGCGGACUCUGAAUCAGGACUGCAACAGAAAUCAGAACAGGAACCAGAACAGGUGAAAGUGGAUCGCGAACAGAGUAGUGAAGAGGCUACGAAGGGAAACGAAAAAACCAAAGAAAAACCAAUAUUUGAGAAGAGCCAAGAUGGAGAGUAUUUUGAAGAUGAUGAUGAUGGAGAAUGGAUCUCUGUUGACAAUUUGACUGAGACAAUUAUGAAACACAGCGGAGAAGAUACAACAGGGUCUUGUGCUGAUUCCAUGACAGACGACGAACGUGAGAAGGCUCUUAAUGCUUCUGGAAAUCAGGUUGCUUUGGCAACUGGUGAUUUUGCCAUACAGAAUGUCUCCCUGCAAAUGAACCUGAAUCUUAUGAAUUUCAUGUCCGGCCUGAGAAUUAAGAGACUUCGUAAUUAUAUGCUCAGGUGUCAUGCAUGUUUUAAAUUGUUUCCCGUUCCAAAGAAUGACAAGGCAAUUCAUUUCUGCCCAUCAUGCGGAGGUGAAGGAACCGUACUGAGGUGUGCCGUUUCUAUCGACUCAGCAACAGGCCGUAUCACACCCCAUCUCAAGGCAAAUUUCCAAUGGAAUAACAGAGGCGUAAGAUAUUCACUUGCAAGCCCGUUGUCCAAAAAUUCGCAAAAGAGAUACGGUAAGAAAGGUUUUGUACAUUCAAAGGCUCCUGACUCAGCAGACAUCGUCAGGCAAGACCAAAAAGAGUACGAAAAAGUGACCAAACAAGACGAGUGGACAAAAAGACAUAACGACAAAGUGUUGAAUGAUUGGAUCGGUAGUGGAUCGGCGGAUAAUUUCAUUUCGCCAUUCGCCAUUUCGGGAAUGAAACAUCACUCGGUGCGUAUCGGAAGAGGCCGAUACGCCAACAGCAGCAAGAAAAAACACUAA